AUGGCUUCCCGCUCCGGCCGAUCGCAGGAUCAGCAGGAUCAGCAGCAUGACUUCUCCAUGGGCCCUUACGUCGCUCGCAGCGCGGUCUCAACUGCUAGGACUUGGCCAGGCCACGGCAUGAACACCCAACAGACCUCUUCCAGCGUCCAGGGUGGUGCUCGAUCGGAGCCACUCCCACCGAGACCCUCCUCUCCGGCGCCGUCCACCGUCCACCCCGAUGACUCGGCCAGCCUGCACCCAUCUCAGACUGGCCCCGAUACAUCGUCUAGGAAUUUCAACGUUGCCAACUUGAAACCCGCGCCUAGGAAGUUCAACGUUGCCAACUUGAAACCCGCGCCCCAGCGACGCAAGCCCUCGGCAGGCCUUCAGCAAGGUCACUCCUCCUUCGAUGGCCCAGCUCCGACUCCAUCCCAAUACCCGGGGCCGGCGCCAAUCGGCUAUGGCUUCCUAAUGCCCUACCCCGGACAGAACAUGCCAAGCACCGGCAAUGUCGGUGACUACGAGCCUCUUCCGUCCCAACGCUCGGGGCCGGCGCCAAUCGGCUAUGGCUUCCUAAUGCCCUACCCCGGACAGAACAUUCCAAGCACUGGCAAUGUCGGUGACUACGAGCCUCUUCCGUCCUUCUAUGGACGAGAUGCGCCAAACGACGGAUACAAUACGGGCGCGCCUUCCACAGCAAGUUCCGCAAGCCGAGCCCCGUCUGACACGACGCAGAGCAUCACGAUGGGCUCAGCGACCGGGUCUGAGGGCACAAUGUCGAUGGCAGCAGUCAGCCAGAACCACGCGGUUGCACCCUUUGCCGGUGCCCCUCUGAGCCCAGUCGGCCCUCAGCUCCCGCAGGGCAUCAGCAUCGGAGUUCCGCCCGGCACCCAGGUGAACUUCCACUACUACCCAACGGACAACCGCCAGGUCCACAUCCACAACAACGCUCCUGGAAGGGCGGUCACGAACAACAACCAGUGGUACGCGACCGACAACAGCACCAAUGCCGAGAACGUGGGCAACACCCACAGGGUCGUCUCGCAGCACGCCACGGCUGGCCGCGAAUCCGCGUAUGGGGUUCACUGGAGCGGGCAGUGA